AAAAAAGUGAGACCGAGAUGAAAGUUCAAGAUGUCCCUCAUUGUUGUCCGACAUGUGGCCAACAGUGGCUGAGAGAUAAGCCUGAAAUUUCCGCCUCUGACCUGAAAGUAUUCCAGUGGGACUGCCUGCCACAUAAUGACAUUGAAAAGAAAUCUAAAUCUCCUUUACUUUCUUCAGAGAAUGAUUACAUGUCUGGCUUGAAACGGUCCAGUUCUUUUGUGCAUAAGCGGAGAUCACAAACACAAAAUAAUUCUAGAUCAAGUAGAGUUAUAAAAGCGGCAUCACUGAUGAACGAUCCAAUACGUAGUCCAUGGACACAGUCCGAGUCAAAAUUCAGACGCCUUGCAUCAAAAGAAAGCACCAAAAGUGCACCAUCCCUCAAGCGUUGUUUGUCUUAUAAUGUGGAUAGUUUCAGGUCUGCCAGAGGUGACACCGGUGAAGACGUAAAUAGCAUAAAUUAUUCAAAAGAACAAAGGAGCUCCUUCAGACGCGAUACCAGCUGUGAAAACGAUACAGGCUGCGAGGAAACUGCAUCGUGUCCUGGUUCCGAAUAUGAUGACAUCAUCAAAUAUUCCCCAAAACUCACCAAAGAAACAAAAUUUGUAAACGGAUGUCCUAUUGACGAGUUUAAAACAAUAUUUGAUGCGGAAUGUUUCAGAAUCCCAAGUAUAUACGGACAGCUAAAGAUAAUGUUCCAGUUAUUCAAUGACACCAGCGAGUUCCAAGUCACCAUCUUGGAAGGGUCAAAUGUAGCUGUUGAAAAUGAAAGCGGCAACAUUGGGAUAUAUACUAAAAUAUGUUUCAUGCCGGGGAAAUUGCAGAAGAAAACGGGUCGUGAUAAGCAUUCCACACGCAAUCCAGUGUUCUAUGAAUCGUUCAUAUUCAAGACCAGCCUGGCUCAGUUGUUGGAGUCUCAAUUAAAGAUAAAACUGUACAAUAAGCCAGGCAUUCUCUCUAUUCCUGAACCAAUUGGACAGUGUAUUGUGCCCCUCUACAAUUACGACCUCACCGCAGUCAAUGUUAUAUGGCAAAAUCUCCAGAAGUGCAAAGGACAGAAAGAUGACAUGGACGAAUUCGACUUCAGUUACUUUGAACGAGAUAAAGUCAAGAAGAAAAGGCAGCUUGGAAAGUUCUUAUGUGGUUACAGUAGUCCAGAGUAAUAAUUAGCUAAAUGGACGCUCAACAUCACA